AUGUCUCCACCGGAUUCCCCCCGUAUCCCAGCCUUCCCAGAGGAAGACCUCCGUCAAGAGGGCGACGAUAUUCCAGGGUACUUCCCCUUACUCCUCGGCGGAUCGCUGCCCGACAACGGCCGCUUCAUCGUCGUCCGCAAGCUCGGCUGGGGCCGAUACUCCAACGUCUGGCUAGCCAAAGAUCAAAGAGACGACACCUUCGUCGCGCUCAAAAUCCUCACCCGCGAAGGCACCGACGCGCUCACCGCCCCGGGCGCGCGCCAGCGCUCCGACGAGCUGCGGAUGCUCGAAAAAAUCUCCACAGCGGACGCACAGCACGCGGGCCACGCGCAUCUCGCGGCGUUCCACGGGUCGUUCGAAGUGUCCAGCCGGCUCGGCGUGCACCUGUGCGUGGUGACGGAGGUGCUCGCGCCCAGUAUCGCGGACUACCGCACCGCCGCGGGGCCGGAUCCGUAUACUGCUGCUCCGUGCGCGCGCAUCCCGAUUGGGCAGGUUAAGCGCUUGACGAAGCAUGUCCUCCAAGCGCUGUGGUACCUCCACGAAGUGUGUGGGAUCGUUCACGCCGACAUCAAACACGAUAACAUAGUCCUACGCCCAAAGGACGUCCCAGCGCGCGUCGCCGAGGCGCUAGUGGACGACCCUUCAUGCCACUACGGAUCAGCCAGCAUGAUCUCCAUCGCCUCUCCCCCCGCCAUCCCAGUCAAAUCCCAACCAAUCUCUCUGGGCCGCAACACAGCGUGGCCGCUGCACCCUGAAGAAAUGGACGUGGUUCUUGUUGACUUUGGACAUUCUCACUGGGUCGACCGCCAUUUUCAAGAACAGAUCCAGCCGUUCGCGCUCCAAGCGCCCGAAGUUGUAUUGGGCUAUCCAUGGGGCCCAUCAGCCGAUAUCUGGAAUCUAGGAUGCAUUAUAGCCGAAUGGAUUUUUGGGUUCGUGCUAUUCGAUAUCCCCAGCCCGCGCGAGUGGAACGAGCCGUGGGACAGAGAGACAGAGCUUCUCGCUCUCAUGACGGAGAUUCUGGAUGUUAAAUUCGGUGAUGACUUUUUGCGGGGGUGUACCCGGCGCGAUGAGUUUUUCAACGGGGAUGGUUCUUGGAAAACAUUCAGCCCUGGCGAAGAUCGUGAAGUUUUAACAUUAGACGCACUCAUCCAGAAACUCGCUUUGCAAUCCCAAACCGAAUCAGAAUCGGGUGGUACCCCCAUGCCGCUCGACGACGCAGAGGUGAAGAAGACAAUAUCGUUCCUACGAAGAUGUAUGCAGUUGAAUCCGGGGGAGAGAUCGAGUGCGAGGGAGUUGUUGGAGGAUGGUUGGUUGGAGGGUGUUUGA